CCCCACCCUCCCUUCCUCUUCCCCACCCUCCCCUCCUUCCUUGUUCUCUAGUGCAGGCCACAUAGGACUCUUGACAGUUCUAAGCUGAGCCGAGCCUUGGAUAUUAAAUACUUCCAAGCAGUGUGUGUUCUUCUUCUUUUCUUUAUCAGAGGCACUGUACAGACAGACAGACAAAACAGACAGAGAGCAGCUAGAAAAAGGAAGGGGAUGGGGGAGCAAAUAUUUCCCAAGAACAUCCCACACCUGCACAACAGAGAGGACAAACCAACUGAGACCAGCACUAUGGUAGAGGAGUCCACAAUGCCAUCUGUGACACAGCUAGCAGGAAAAUUCCAAGAACAGUCAUCUCUUUCUGGAAAAGAGACAUCAGCUGUUAAGCCAAUCCGUAGAAAGCCACCAUGUUCCCUUCCCCUCAACAUACACAAGGCAGAGCCUGGACAGAAUGGUGAGCUAAAGCCAUCUUCAAGUGCUUCUCAUUCUGUAAAGGUAAAGGUCAAAAGCUCUCCCCUGAUUGAAAAACUGCAGGCCAAUCUGGCGUUUGCUCCAACAGCUCUGCUGCCAGGAAUGUCUCCCAAGAGUCCUGGCCUAAAAGUCAUGGUUUCUCCCUUUAACAGCCCACCCUCUACUCCCCUCACCCCACAGUCUCAUUCAAGUGAACCAGAUAAGACUCCAGUUAGUUUUGAUCAACCUCCAGAAGGCAGUCAUCUCCAGUUUUAUAACAAGGUACGGACACGAGGAUCAAUAAAACGCAGACCACCUUCUAGAAGAUUUCGGAGGUCACAAUCAGAAUAUGAUGACCUAGAUUCAGCCAUGGCACUUUCACCUCAAGAAAAUGGUGCUAAGGAUGAUAAUGAGGUGGAGAGUGUUUUUAUGGACAGUAGUAAGGCUACAGAUGGCACAGGUUGCUGUGAGAAAGAAAUCCAGAUAACAUCUGAUAAAAAAUCCCCCUCAGAUCUGGAAUCCAGUCAGACAGAAAGCAAAGAUAGUGAAGCAGGAGAAACAGGUAAAGGGACCGUAUACAAAGACAGCCAAGAAGAGAAGCCACACCAGAGCCGUUCAGAGUUAAAGCCAUGCAAGCAGAAUAAGGAAGAAAAUGAGAAGAGUCCCGCUCUUGACACUGUGGUGGAUAUACAUGCUGCUAAUCAGGAAAAUGAAGGAAAGAGAGAGAAUGAAUUACAUGGAGGUGAAGGCACACAACAAUUGCCAAAUAUAAAAGAAAAUGGGACUCCCCAACAGGGAAGAGACACUGAAACUCUUGAGAACUCCAGAGUGUGAUGCCCCUGUAAUUGUUGCACAUAUCAUAAACAAGCAGCCAAGGUUAGCAUGGAGUUUCCAACGCAGUGCUUGCUUAUGAAUGAGCAAAAGCUCCUCCCUCAUUGAAAAUUCCAAAGAAACCAGUGUUCUCCUUUUUCUUUGGCAGUUCUUAGGCUUGUACUUGUAGCAAAUCUAUGCUCGAAGAUGGCCUUAUUUGUAAAAGGCUGUUUAGGCUUGUGACAUACCAAAAUUCUGCCAUGUUGAUUUAAAGAACACAAAAAUUGGGGAGAUUUUCUCAACAUUUUUCAAAUGGAAAGAACUAUGUGUGUUACUUACGUUUUCUGAUUAAAGUUGAAAUUUCCAAACCUCU